AUGGCUGAUGGGAGUGUACAAGAGCACGCUGCCACAUCCUCUCCGCCACACGCACCUGGACCUCACUCUCAACCGCCGGCAUAUCCACCGGAGUGGACUGCGUUACCCACUCCUCAGUGCCCGAGGACGUCUGCCGCGGCAUCUCGAAUAUUCUAUCUGCCCUUUCCGAUCCCUGGUGGAUCUACCACGUUUCCCGUCCAAGUUUAUUAUGACCCAAACAGCACCAGUGAACCCCCGACAGCGCAUAUCCGUCGAAGGCUCAAAAAUCCUUUCAAAACUGUAAUCCCUUUCGGAGGCUUUGAACUAGACCCAUCUUUCCAGCCUGGAAGUCAGUCCUUGUCAGGGUGCGUCAAGUAUGAUCGAAACGAAAAAUUGCCGCGCAGUGAUAGGAAUCCAAUAAAGCAAUAUCCGGUACACCAGAUUGGCGACAAAUCGCGAACGGCGCAUGACCCGAUAGCUCAGUUGAAACGAGACCACCGCACCGCGACAGAUAUCCAAAAUUGGAGACAGAAAAUUUCUUCUGUGGAGGCUGCACAUUGUGACAAGUUGAUGGACAGCGUGAGAUGCCUUGGCUUCAACCCGUUCGCCCCCGAUCCCGUGACGAAGCGAAUCCUUGAGCGCGGCAGUCCCACAGAAAUUAUAUUUUAUACAUUUUAUCGCCGAAACUGGAUACCAGGUCGCAGUCUCCGAGAAGAUGACAAUCCAUGGCUGAGAGACUUUCUAUACGUCUGUCAGAAUCGAUUCGUCUAUCACGCUUUCAUGAGCAUUGCGGCAGUCCAUUUGUUGGACAAUCUACCGUCAGAAAAAAACUUUCAACAUGCCAACCAGCUCUUUUUCGUUGCUGGACAAGGUAUUGACAUUGCUCUCAAGCAAUACAAUUCCGGGCAAACUCUCUCCCCCGCUCAGCUCGACUGCAUUCUGACGAGCCUCAUUGCUCUAGCGACCCAGGAUGUCAGCCUUCCCGAACGUCGCAAAGCGAUGUCCGAGCACUGCCCUUGGUUAGAGGCCCUCUAUUGUUGCGAGCAGCUCCUUGACAGCCACAUUCCCGACCCGAUAUACCAACCAAAUGUGCAGAUGACGUCGCUACGAGCCGCUCAUUGCAAGUUUGUUGCCCGUGGCAUUUCCAUAGCUGAGACCAUGCGUCCACUGGAACCUGCGCGCCAGGGCUCAACGUACGACAGAACGAGAGCAGCGAAGCGGUUCAGGUGGCUGGUAUACGGCUCAAAAGAAGAGCAAAAUCGGGUUGAGGGCGGUCUGGGUAUGUGCAGACGGUUGCUCGGGCUCAUAAAGCAGAUAACGCAUUGGUCUGGAGUCAUGUCCUAUGGCGGUGAUCGCGAAGGCAUCAUUCCACAACUAGAAAGAAUUAUGAGAGGCAUCGAGGAGAUGCGACCAGAGCGUCCAAAGAAGCUACGCCAGGAGUCAAAAGCGAUUGCAACGGCUGAUGACAUGAGAUACGUAUCAGCUGAAGCAUACCGGCUCGGGGUCAGGCUCUACGCCCAAUGCCGACUGCUCAGACUACCAAGGUGGUAUCCUGAUGUCUCAAAAACGUUGGAAGAGCUAUCUACAUGUGUUAGCAUUUUGCCCACCCACGGCAAUCUCUUCACCGCGGAAGCACCAUUGUUCCCAGUCUUCUAUCUCGGACUACUCGCUACUGAGCCAAGGCAUAGAGAAGUGGCUGUCGCAUGGUUUCAAGGGGUAAUCAGAACCUCCACGCGAAGUACGGUUCCACCUCUGUACGAGUCCCUCCACACAAUUUGGAGAUGGGAUAUCCUGCCGGCUUGGAGACCAGGCGAACUUUGCGCGUCCUUGUGGCAAAGAGACCCAUGGUGGGAAGGCUUAGUUGCCGAGAUGGAGAAGCAACAGCUCAUCCUCUGCCUGACUUGA